AUGGAUGUUGGGGAUAACACAGUAUUAGGUGUCGUCGUCAAUCGUCCAGGAACAGAUACUCCAGUAGAAAGCAGUGUUGUUGGAGAUGCUUUACAUCAGACAAUUCGUGAAGAUGGUCAGACACAAAUUUCCAAUCUUACCCUUGGAGUUGUCAAUGUGCCUACGGUUUCAGGCAAUCAGCGUGAUAACGCGAUCAGUGUUCAUUUAACCGGCAUCCAACCUAGUGAGGUGAGAUUUGUGUUCACAAGCAAGCGAAAAAUUAAUGGACAUCAUAUAACUUAAAUGUAUAACUUUGGGAGGAAAGUACUUUCGAUUGAAACUUUUCUCUUUACCGUGUAUUUCUUCCAAAUAUUAAAUUGAGAUUUAAUUUAUAAUGUAUUUGUAGUGGACACUGCAACAAGAUAUAUCAUUCCGAAAUAACAUGUCUGGAGCAGUCGUCCAGUUUUGUGGUCAGAGUGAUGCACGAUUGGCUUCGUGCGGUCUCACACGGUAUGUUAAUCUGGGAGCCGGCUACUUAUUCCGCACGGCUAAUUAUACCCGGGUAUGUGAAAACAUAACGGAGUGCAAAGUUGUCCUCCAUUUUGUUUAUGUCGUGGACGGUUUUCGACGUUAUGCCCAUGCGCGAGUACAAACUCUGUCGAAGUAAUUGUUUUUCAUUUUGAAAGGACGUAUUUUGCUGUUUUACAGCAAUUUUUUGUUUUAAAUUUCGUUAAAAAGUUUACAAAAGUUUACCUCCAUUUUAACUGGAAAUAAGCCUGCAGUUUCAUGAAUUAGUGGCGGUUCAACCGUGAAACAAAGUUUGUAUAAUAAUUGUUUUGAUGUUUUGAUGUUGAUGUCUUUGAUAAAUUUAAUCGUUCUUGUGCCGGUUUGGGUAAACAUUUCAGUAGUAAAAUUCCAUGCCGUAGGCUACUUGCCUUAAAAUACAAAAGAACAGUAACUCCGAAUAACAUUUUGUUUUGAUUUAUUGAAUCUACGUUUCGACUAGAUUGUAGUCAUCUUCAGGAUUAGUGUAAGAUUACAAAUACAGUUAUAUAUAAAGAGAGGAAAGGCGGAGCUUAAUGUCAGUGAAAUAUGAUCAAUUCUUUAGAUGCUUUAGCGCCAUGGUUUAGUUCCGGGUUUCGCCUCCGUAUGGCAAGAGACUCUUUAUACAAUAACAGAGACCAGUGAUCAGACUUGUCAAUUAUUUUACAGUUGAUGCUUGUGACCUUACUCUGAGUGUAUAUCCACACCGGGCAAGCUUGAAAAAUAUGCCUGACCACGGUGGGAAUCGAACCUACGACCUUUGGAAUACUAGCCCAAUGCUCUGCCAACUGAGCUACGCGGUCUGGUCGGUUCGAGUAUGUGAUAUUUCGGAACAGAAUCUAUAGUUCCUUCGAUAUCAUAUCAAUGUAAUCCCGAUAUCAAUGUAAUCAUGAUUUUUUUUUCUGUGUUGGUGUAAAAAAUCAUGAUUAUUAGAUUACAUUGAUAUCGAAGGAACUAGAUUCUGUUCCGAAAUAUCACAUACUCGAACCGAUCAGACCUUGUAGCUCAGUUGGCAGAGCAUUGGGCUACAAUCCUGGACAAAACAUCUGCGACACUUCAAAUUACUUGACAAAAUGUCGUCAUAUUAUUGUAAAUUUAGAAAACCUCCCCCUUUCCCCCACCAUUCAAUGUUGAUUGCAUUCAUGGAAUGCGGAUAAAACGUCCAACAUUGUUUUGGGGGGUGGAGGGGGGCAAACGAGUAAAUUAUUCCGGUCUAACUGGUAAAAAAAGCCACAAAGGAAUGUUUUAACAGAGUGUCGCAGAUGGUUUUGUCCAGGAUUGUCUGUAUCUUUCAAAUUAAAUAACCAACCCAUUGCGCAUUAAAAAUUGAGUUUUAUGCAGGACUUUCUCUUUCCGUAGUAAAUAUGGCCAACUACAAUCUUGGACAUAACUGGUUGAGACUAUUUCCCCCCCAUAGAAAAUUCUCGUAUUUUUAUGAUAAACUCCAUGUUGAAUCAUGUUGCCAUCCUUAAACCCCCGCUCCCCCAACUCAAUGUUGAGCUUGUAUCAUGGUAUAUUACCAAAAGUUGUUUCGGCGUUGUUCACAACAUUGAACUGAGGGGAGGGGGGGGGACAAAGUUUGUUUUGUCAAUGUUCAAUAACUUUGUAAUAUUAGCUGAAAUGAUCUCAAGGGUUUUGUCCAAGAUUGUAGAAUGUAUUAGGCUUCAACAAGCAAAUACCACAUGGUCGACAAGGUAAUAUAACACCCUCAUGCAACGCUAUGCUUCGAUAGCUUGUAUAGAAUGCGAUUAAGAAUCAUAUGCGACGACUUUAACGCAUUUAAUAUACGUCGGAGAGCAAGUCAAUGUACUUAGUAGUGUAUAUACCAACUAUUUUGCACUAAGAAUAUUCUAAAAUACGUCAAUCCAUAUUUAUUUGUGUUGUUAGACAGACAAACGCUUAGCUGUUGACUGGAAUAUAUUGCGUGACCGCCGCGCUAAAUGACUAAUCCGAUUUUGUUAUUGUCGUAUAAUUAAUAGCGCAUGCGCAUUGACGGUGUACCACGGUACAGCGUGAACAUAUAAGAAUAUAUAUAUAUAUAUAUAUAUAUAACCUUUUGUAGGGCUAAAAUGGUACACCGUGGAAUAUUUUAAAAUUAUCGCGCUAAAUAUUGUCUGAAGUAGGUUGGAAUACUAAGCAACCCACGUUCUUUCAAGUCCAUAUCAUUGGUUUGUAUUACCCCUAUAACUGGGAAUAUUAUCACAGUCUUAGUGCAUUGGUUGUGGUACACCGUUAGGUGUGACACUGAAAAAUUGAGCAUUGAUUGACCACACCUGUAAAACUUGUGUCAAAAUGCAUAAUUCACAUUUAUAUAUAUAGUUGUCAGCUUAAUAUUCUAAAUAUAUGCAGUAAACACCAGAAACGUAACUAUAUUGAAUUUAUUGUCCCUUAGUUCUACUUAUAUCACACGCAUUGGCGUUUAUGUAUAGACUGAAUGUAUAACCUAUCAAUAGAAGUAGGUCAUAAGCAAUGCGCGUAAACGAAAUACAUGGCAAGGACAUGUAUAAAAAGCGAAAUAUAAAAUAAUAUAGUUUCGACUCAUUUCAGACAAUCCUGGACAAAACAUCUGCGACACUUCCAAUUACUUGACAAAAUGUCGUAAUAUUAUCGUAAAUUUAGAAAACCUCCCCCUUUCCCCCACCAUUCAAUGUUGAUUGCAUUCAUGGAAUACGGAUAAAACGUCCAACAUUGUUUUGGGGGGUGGAGGGGGGCAAACGAGUAAAUUAUUCCGGUCUAACUGGUAAAAAAAAUCCACAAAGGAAUGUUUUAACAGAGUGUCGCAGAUGAUUUUGUCCAGAUUGAAUCCUGGACAAAACAUCUGCGACACUUCCAAUUACUUGACAAAAUGUCGUAAUAUUAUCGUAAAUUUAGAAAACCUCCUCCUUUCCCCCACCAUUCAAUGUUGAUUGCAUUCAUGGAAUACGGAUAAAACGUCCAACAUUGUUUUGGGGGGUGGAGGGGGGCAAACGAGUAAAUUAUUCCGGUCUAACUGGUAAAAAAAGCCACAAAGGAAUGUUUUAACAGAGUGUCGCAGAUGGUUUUGUCCAGGAUUGUAGCAUUCCAAAGGUCGUAGGUUCGAUUCCCACCGUGGUCAGGCAUAUUUUUCAAGCUUGCCCGGUGUGGAUAUACACUCAGAGUAACGUCACAAGCAUCAUAUUCACCUGAGUACAUUACACCAACACAGAAAGAAAAAAAAAAUCAUGAUCAUUUUACAGUUGUUGAAAAUUAAUUGAGUAAUAUUAGUGUUUAAAGGGUUAGAUGCGUCAGGUGAGAGUUCCAUAAGAGUUUUAAUGUAUUGAAAAUAUUCACAGGAGUUUAUAUAGAGUUUAUGUGGGCGUUGAUCUCUGAGUUUUCGCGCGUACUAUGUUCUUUUAAACGCGUGUAGAGACAGCGGUCCGUUUUGCCAAUAUAAGCGCUUCGGCAGCCCGGGCGUGGAAAUUCAUAAACCACGGAGCUUUCAUAUUCGUCCGGCGUCUUGUCUUUGCAUGACAGGAAACAAUUCGAGUUCGUGGUUCACCAGUUCAAAAUAAACUUGCACGGACUCUUUAGCAAACGGCGUGUUUUACUUAUAAACAUCUUUGUCAAGGUGUUGCCAUAAUUGCCAAUGAACGGUAGUCUUAUCCAUAUCUUGGGUAGGUUGUCUGGGGUAGUACUAUCUGCUUGGUCGACGUGCGUGGUGUUAUUAUGUGUUUCUGUGCGUGGUGUAAAGGGUUUAAUUAGCUUAUUAGCAGUGGCGUAGCUAGCGAAAUUUGACUAGUCCUGCUCUAAGACCCACACAUUCUAGGGGGUCCGGGGACAUGCUCCCCCGGGAAAUUUUGAAUUUUAGAAGUCUGGAAUGGCCAUUUCCUGCGAUUCCACGGCGAAAUACUCCAAAGGGAAAAUCAAAAAAUUGCGUGAUUAGCGGAAAAUUUUUGAUAAUUUUUUUAGAAAAAAAAUUUAUAACUUUUUCAAAUCCAUGCAUUUUUUAUCAUAUUUCACUAUAUAUUUUUCAACUUAACUGAAAAUGUAGCUAAAUAUAGUCAAGUCACGAAAGUGGAAAAUAUCAUUUAUACAAUACGCGUCUGUAAUACAAUCUUUCACUUGAUCAACACAAUCCAACCUCACAUAAUCAACAAUUGCAUAACUAUUAUACUGUUGAACACGGCGUUUUAUAUACACUAUAACGUUACGGCUAGCAUUCGUUAAAAAUUCACUACGUUUGUUAGUAAUGUGACAGAUCACUACGCCUGGCACUCUGAAUGUAAUUCAGUACACUAUGCCUAUGGUAUUAAUAAUAUCGCGUUUAAUAUAGUCUAUGCGGCCAAAUAUCUACAUAAACAGUGUGAAUUGGUACAGUAUAUCAUUUUGUCAUCAUUAUAUCAUUGUGUCAUCUUGCGAAAAAUAGUUAUGUCCGAGGUAUUGAUCUUUAGGUCGAGAAAUUGCACGUUGUUGUCAGGAAAAUCUUCGAAGGUAAACUGGAUUUGAGGGUGAAAUGAGUUAAACGUUUGUAUUAUUUUCGGGAUAUCGCUGGUCACUGGUCUCUGUUAUUGUAUAAAGAGUCUCUUGCCAUACGGAGGCGAAACCCGGAACUAAACCAUGGCACUAAAGCAUCUAAAGAAUUGAUCAUAUUUCACUGACAUUAAGCUCCGCCUUUCUUCUCUUUAUAUAUAGCUGUAUUUGUAAUCUUACACUAAUCCUGAAGAUGACUACAAUCUAGUCGAAACGUAGAUUCAAUAAAUCAAAACAGAAUGUUAUUCGGAGUUACUGUUCUUUUGUAUUUUAAAAAAAAUUCUGAGUAGUUUCCCGUAAGUACUUGCCUUGUGUUGUCGGUUUUAUUCAUAUCUGCGAAAUUUUUAAGCCAUUCUUUAAAACUCGAUAAUUCACUUUAAUGCAAGCUGGUAGGCUAUAUGAAAUUGCAGUGAAUGUUAUCGUUCAUUAUAAAGCUAGCGCACAGUUGUGUUUUUAUGUUUGUUUAUAAUGGUCUUAAUACUUUAUGUGGAGUUUUUAUACUUCAUCUGUUAAGAAAGGCGAGGGGUUGCUGCAUGCAUGUAUUUUCUAGUAAUGAAGUAUAUUAGAAAUUUAGAACAGAAGUUUAUACACGACAUCACUCUCAUUAUGUUAUGUAUUAUAAUGCCAGGAAUAGACGAAGUAGGUUUUUGGUAUAGACUGCAUGCAUGUAGAUUUGCAAAUAAGCACAAUUCAGAACUGACGUUUCGCCUAGCAAAUGAAGCUAAAGCAUACUAUAGUGUUAAUGGAAUUCAAUUGAAACAAUUUAUUCUAGGAUCGAAUCAUAUCCUCCAAGACCUUAUACAGUAGAUAGAAAUUACAUAGACCACAAAUAUAAUAUAAUGUAAUCGAAUGAUAUAAAGAUUGCGCCAUUAAAUAAGCUCAACAUGAAGACUAAAGUCGUUUAAUUCCAUUAAUUAAUGUUCAUAUCCUUCUGCAUGGGUAUCGUCGGCGGUGGUAUAGUAGUACCUCCAUUGACUAAACACGUUUUCUGUUAAUUAUAGAGAUCAACUGAACGACAUUGAUUUCCUGAAUAUCCAGAUUUUGCCCAAUUCUCCCACGCAAGAUGGCGACGAUUCAAUUCUGUCAUUCUUUGUUUAUCUACCAGGUGGAGCAACAAUGUCCUCAGAUCUUUUGAAUAUUAUUUACACUUCAUCUCCAAAUGUCAUAUCACAACCGUCUGUACUACAUACGACUAUGAGCCAAAAUUCUGUCCUAACAGCUGAUCAAGCUGAAAGCCUAGUACAACUUACAGUAAAUGGACUCCUUCCAACACAGGUAUACACGUUUUUUUAAUUUUACGUGUCUAUGAAAGAUUGUUUAUGUUCCUUUUAAGUAAUGUGAUACGUCACAUAUUUAGUCAUCUGUCUGCAUCCCAUGAGUUUUGAUUACUUAAUGGCAAUUCACUGUAGUUGCAUGAAAAGCAUUUGCGCCUUCAAAUGGAUUGAGUAUAUGAUUGUGUGGGUGAAACAUUUCAGUCCUCGGAGAGACCGAAAUUUCUACAGAUUCAUGGCAAUUUAUAUUCUACUUUUAAACUAAAAGAUGAACUUGAAGAAUAACCAACUAAGCAGAAAAUGGAGUUUUGGUCUGAAAAGUGAAAACAAAUGCUGAGCAUUACCGUAUUUAUUCGUUUAAUUGAACGUCGCCCGAUUAAGCUACGCUUAUAAUGAACAUAAAAUUUCCGUUAUUUAAUUUAUCUACUAGAAAAUACAUGCAUGCACAAACCCUCGCUUUGCUGACAAAACCAUUGUAUUUUCCGAACAUGAAGUAUCUUAAGUUGUUGUCAUGGUAACACGAUAAUUUUUUAAGAAUAUUUUUACAAAUGAAAAAUCGCCUAAAAAUAUCACUUUUAAUUACAAAAUUGUCAAUUUCCCAACAUAUAUAUGUUAGGUAUGAUAUUAUACGUAAUAUAAGCUUCAAUUUAAGGUAAAAUUCAACCAUAAACGCUUCCCAAAAAGUUUUAAAGUGUUCUUUAUAAAACUAAACUGCCUUUAAUGAAAUGGCUUUAUCGAUAAACGUUGAGUUUGCAAUAAAAUGAUUUCAAAUUCUCGCAUGCAAAUAACUUUGCUUUCUUUUAAUUUUAUUUAAAAAAUUCAAUAUAAUAAAAAAGGGAAUCAAUAUUAAAAAUACACUGAAAUUAUUUAUAUGCUGUCUUGUUUGGUUGUUUCAUAUACACAAAGCCAAAGGCCGUCGGGUUUUAAAGCAAUUAUAAAAUCAAUUUUUAAAACAAACUUGCCUUCGUUAACGUCGGCUUCCUUCUUUUAGCCGAUUCUUUUGCCAUUUCUUUCUUAAAAUUUACAAAAUCUUGCGAAAAUGCGAUCAAAAAUGAAAUAUAUUUGCAAGAAAUUUAUCAAUCAUCAAAUCAAGAAGUGUUUGCUAUUUCGCUGUCGUCAUGCAGUCGUUAUAAGGCAAACUUUAAAUUGGACCAAUCAGUGUCCGCUAUUCAUGAUAGUCCGCCAAAUUUUUAAGAUCAGUGAGGAUCACCACCCACCGAACCACCAAACCACUCACGGUAACCCACGCCCGCGCUCAUUGAUGAACUUUAGACUUGGCUAAUGCUUUCGUUUCCCCGGGUGUAAAUAGCCGGGGGGAAUUAGUACCCUCGCACGGCGUUUCGCGCCGUCGGCUCGGGGAUUAAAAGUUUCCCUCUCCAAUGAGCUCCCUCCUUUUAAGAUGCAGACAUUUAUUAAAUUAAAUAAUUAUACGCUGUCAAUGCAAAUUCUCCUUUAAUGACAGGAUGUUAGACUGGAUGUCCAAACUACAAUUGCAAACAGACUGAAUGCAUAUUGUCGGAACAGUUCUGCGGCUGCAAUUUGUCCUACUAAUGGGUAAGUUUGUGAAAAGUCUUAUUAUAAGUUUUAUAUUAAUAAUCGCCAGCCACCGGGCUGGUUAGAGCCGUUCCAGUGCUAGCUGGUACGAAGAUACUAAUUCCGCACGGUUAAGGUACUAAUUCCGCUUGGGUAUGUGCACCCGCGCAUGCAUGUAUGUGUAAUCUGUUAAUCCAAAGUUUCGUAUGCUUAUCUAAAAAAUGUUGCACGACGUUGUCGCAUGUCUCUUUCCUGUUUGUAAUCUGUUUUAUUUGUCAUCAUGCAUGAACGUUCGAAAUUCUUUGCUUUAAUUCCCAAGAUCAACAACAUUAUUUUUAGAUUCACUUGGGAAUAAUUUGUAAUUUAAUUUUACUUAAUUCACUGAAAUAGACAAUUAUUUGCAAACAAAUGGCAACUGUAUUGAAAUUUAUUUUGUUUAAUACGCCUUUUAUCUUUUUAUUGACCAACAGUAACGUGAUUGCUACGUACUGCAAAUUGAAACACUUGUAUCUCGCUUAUAUUCUUUUGCCAGAAAGUUCACGUUUUGCAUACCAAAAUUCCGAGUUAAAUAUGUUGAAUAUAAUUAAACUUAUUAGGAUGCAAUAAGUACAGUAGGUAGUUCCCUUGUAGAAUCAAACACUAUUUAAUUGCUAUUUAAUUCCUAUUUUAUUGGGCUAUUAAUUCCUAUUUGUCAAAGUAUUUAUUUCCUAUUUUUAAUAUUAUUUUUUUGUCGAGGUUUUUCGUAUUUAAAUUAGGGUAGAAAGGCUAUUUUUUCCUAUCCAAGUGGAACCAUAUUUUUUUCCUAUUCAUGAUAUAUUUCUAAACAAAUACUUAAUUGAUGUACUCGAAUAGAAAUUAAAUAGGUUUCAAAUAUGAUAAAAAUAGGGCUAUUUAAGGAAAUUAUUAAAAAUAUAUAGUUUCGACAUGGUUAAUAAAUUAAUAUGUAUGAAAUAGUUAAAACAUAGUGGCAAUAUAGGUAAAAAAAUGUAAUAAAUAGCUGAUAUGAGUUUCAACAAAAUUUAAAAUAGUCAAUAAAUAGUUCAAAAAUAGUGAUAAUAUAGUUUAAAAAUAGAUAAUAAAUAGUUAAAAUACAUCCCAGCUUGUUAAAAAUAGAUAAUAAAUAGUGGAUAUAGCCAUAUGUUUCUUGCCGGUUUCAGGUGAGCGAUAUUCUUGUUGUGAAAAUAUUUCAAACCUGCUACAAUAUCUUCGGCACAUGUUGGCAGCAAUUCUGCGAAGGAGUCAAAGUCGUCCGUCUACGAAAUGGACAAAAUCUUCUAGAGUGCAAAGACUUUUUGCAACUCCAAACGGGCGAAAAUCGAAGCAAGAAUACUCCAUCAUUAUUGAAAAUUCAAGGAACCAGAUUAUGUUCCUGUGGCCUUUUGUACUGUUCAACAGUGCGGCUUCUUUCUCAAAACAGGAUUUCGAGUCAAUGGACUCGACAUUAUUGUUUUUGGCAACCACUUUUUCUGGUCUUUCCUUUGUAUUUUGCUAGGUAUACGGACCCAAACGUACCACAACCCAACUUAAUUUUCUUUUUCGAAAAGUUUCCACUCAAACUUUGGUAACUCUGGAUCCUUUUUUGCCUUUCUUUUCAGACUUAUUGGGAUUUUAAAGUUCGCUGCCAUUUUGUUCCAUUUUUGUCAAAUUUUGGCGCGAAAUUGUGGUCCAGUCCGCGUUUUACUAAUAGAGUCCAGUCCGCGUUUUACUAAGAGAGUCCAGUCCGCGUUUUACUAACAGAGUCCAGUCCGCGUUUUACUAAUGGAGUCCAGUCCGCGUUUUACUAAUAGAGUCCAGUCCGCGUUUUACCAAUAGAGUCCAGUCCACAUUUUACUAAUAGAGUCCAGUCCCCGUUUUACUAAUAGAGUCCAGUCCUCGUUUUACUAAUAGAGUCCAGUCCGCGUUUUACUAAUAGAGUCCAGUCCGCGUUUUACUAAUAGAGUCCAGUCCGCGUUUUACUAUAUACCGACAUUGAGUUAUAUCAACACGGCUCUUAGCCAAUCAGCAUUCAGAAUUUACAAAUGCUAUAUUAUAAAAUCUGUUAUCAAACUUAUGUCACAGAAGUGGUAAAGGACAUAUGUGACACUGAAUGGUACCUUUUGUAAAUGUUUUGGCCAGGGGUGGGUAUUUAUUUUUUAAUUGAUAUUUGAGGUUGGCUAAUUAUUUUUUUUUACUUUUUAAUGGUUGGUUCGGCAAAAUUUUUCCCACGAAAAACAUUUCUCUUCGGUGCCACCCCCCCGCCUUAAAUAAUGACCGGUCCCUUAGUAUUUACCGUCUAUAAAUGCCAGACAAUUUUACAUGUCAGUAGGUAGAGUACUGCCAAUAAAUGAGUUAAUAAUCUGUAGUCUUUUAGCCAGAUAUUCAAAAAGUAGACAUACUGUAGUUAGCAGUCUCUAUAGUUGCCAAAGAGUUAAGUAUAUACAUACAGUAAUUUGGCUGGGGGCUGGGGAGAAAAAAAAGCAAGAACAUCAUGCAACAUCAAGAAUAGGGCGAAGCUCGGCAGCAGUUAGGUUCAGGCCUUCUUUACAGGUUAGAAAAAAACAUUUAUAUAUUGAAUAAUACCCUGAAUCUAUAGCUGGAUAUUUUUCAACUAUCCAACAUAUAUCCUGUAUGCAGCUGGAUAGCAAAAACAUUCUAUCCUGCACACCCCUAAAAAGAACUUCAAGUAAGUAAGGUAAGAGGAAAUUGCUCCUUUAUAAUAAUAUCAAAGUACUUAAGUAGGAAGUGUUAGAAAAAUUGCAUCCAAUUGAUCCAUGAAACAUGGGCAGAGUCUAGUUUUCUAGCUAGACACUUCCCUUGAUGAAUAAAAUUGUCCGGCAUGAGGCAAGAUAACAUUUAAUAACAAAGUGCUGAAUAUUGGGCUCAUUGGAGUGAAAUGGGUAAUUCCAAAAACAAUCAAAGCAUUGCCGUGGUGUCUCUAAAAUCAGCGCUGUGAAUACUCGUUACAAUUGUAACGCGUUACAGGCUACUCGUUACGUUUGCAGUAAUUUUGGCCUGUAAUUAAUUACAUUUUUGAAAAGGAACGAAUUAUUGUAAUUAAUUACAAAAUAAAGGAACGCGUUCCUUUUGCUUUAACGAAUGAAAAUUACAAAUUCCUUUGAUCAAAUAAUUUAAAAACGCUUUCAAAAUUGCUUUGUUUUCCAUUUUUGUUAAAUCCAGAAAAUUUUCAAUAACUGAUUCAAACUUCAAAGUGCCAGUGGAAGUUGUUCAAUUGAACUCUAAUACUUCAUGUAGUGUAUUCAUAUAGUGAAAAGCAUUGCCGCCAUGCUUGAACGACUGCAAAAUGCUAAUAUGAACGCUUGAACGUCGAAUGCUAAUAUGGUAGACCAUGUUGUAGCUAGACAACGACUUUGUCGAUUUAGAGAAUAUAGAGCCAGCCGGGCCCAGUGAACCAGAGUCAGCCGUAAGUGGAGAUGAAUCAGAAGACCUUCAUGGCCAGAAAUGAAGUCCAACAUGGCUGCCAAGCAUGUCCAUUUUGACUCAAAAUAAAAAUUCAAAAUGGCGUCUUCUUAUAUAUAAUUUGAAUGGGAAUAACGUAAAAUUUGUAUUUUUGGUAACUUACGGUUGAGAAAUCCAAAAUGUGCAUAUCUAAAACUUCACCGAUUUGGUCAAACUUUUAUCCGUUAGAAAAUUGGUACAACUCGAGUUGUUUAAGUAUGUUCCCGAGCAAUCAAUAUCUUUGCCUUAAUCUCUGUAUAGGAAAGUAUGUGAUUUCGACAUAUUAGGUAUUUUGCAGGUCCAAUUUCAACUCGUUCUUUGCAGAUAUCGUCAAAUGUGCAUAUCUGAAUUGCUUCGUACAGUUCUCCUUUUUAUUAUUGUCACUUGUACGAAGCGUAAAAGUGUACACUAGUGUGUUCCCCAAAGCGAUGAAUUGCAUGUAUUUGUAGAGAGGCGUUUGUCCAAUUGUGAUGAGAAAUGCACCAUAUUUUGAACAUAAAUAUCACAAAUUUCGCACCAAAAGUUAUAUUUGUUGUCCGCCAUUGCUUUUAUAAAGCUGUUGCUACGUUACAAUGGAUUUAACCGUUGUCAUUAUAGGCUGUAGUCUCAUAAACAUCCUAAAAUUCGCGGGAUUUCGCAAUAAAUUUGAUUUUCCUACUUCAAAACAUUUAUAACUAUUGAAUAUUGGUAGACUUUUGAAAUUUGAGCAUCGAUCAAGAAGACUUGGUUGGCGUAAAGUUUGUUAUAUUUUAUAAUUUUGCUUGUUUUCUAUAUAUCUGGUUGUAUUUGCAAUGUCGGAUAUUCCGCCUUUGUGCCCUAUGCAUACUUGUUUGCAAUGGAAAUUAUGUGUUGAAAGCCAUUCAUUAGCUUGUCUCUUCGUAUUUUCAAUUUACAAAUCUGCCGUGCUCAGAUUAAUUCUCGGUAAAACUCACUGAGUUAUACUAGUAAAAAUCACCAACUAAAUAAACAGCCAUUUUGUAUUGGCCAAACUGAACCACUGAUCUGUAUAGUGCACUGCAUUAUCAAGAAAACAUGAGCCCGCACGCCUGACCGCUUGAUGUCCUCCAUUUCUGGCCAUGUCAAGACCAAGAAGGCAGUCAAUCUGCCGCUGUGCAGGAUUUUAACGCGGGAAAAGAGGAAUCUCCAUGGCCCGAAUUGAAUACAUUUUUUAGUGUUUGUUGUAAACGAAACAACAACCUCUCGUUCGAGUGCCUUUUGUGUAAACCGAAGAAAACCGUGCAUUCCACAUAUAUUACAUCACACCCCAACCUUCCGUGCAGCAUGCGAGCAUCAUUUUAUCACUAGUGGUCUGAUACUGAGGCCUCACCGAAGCAGUCUUAAUGACAAACAUUUUGAAGCAUGCCUCCUCUCAAAGCUUUUAAAUAACUUAAAGUUUUUGAAAUAAAUUCAAAACAUUAUAAUUGAUGGGUGUAUAACCGUUGAUCGUUAUCGUUUUUCUUCAUUUUGCGAACACUGAACAUUUAUACAAAAUUAUGAUGUGUAAUUUGUAAUUAAUUACAUUUUUAAAUAGUAAUUUUGUUACUGUAAUUAAUUACUUUCCUGAAGAAGUAAUUGUGACCAGUAAUUAAUUACAUUUUAAAGAAAGUAAUUUUAUUUGUAAUUAAUUCCUUUUUGGACGGUAAUUUUGCAGCACUGUCUAAAAUAUAUAAAAUGUAGCCCAAAGAUUGUUACAUAUAUUAUUAAGCAGAUGAUGAAGACAUGUGGUGUUAUUGGUCUUUAUUAAUCAUUUGAUAAAAAUACAUAUCAAAUUUACAUAUUUAAAAAAAAAAUUGUAACACAGAAGCUACUUAAUACAUCAGUAAUACUAAAACUAUUCUAUUCAUUAUCAACAUGCAAAUUAUACUUAAAAAUCAGUCUAUUAAAAAAGCUAUUCUUGAAGCGUUCUGUGUUACAUUUUGGCCACAGUGAGCUUUUGUUACGCAGACGCCUGGAUGAGUCUUUGACUAUAGGUAGCAUAUGUUUAAGCGGAUGAUUAUCGUUAUUUUUUAUCUUUCUCCAAAUGUUACGAUCACUUCUCUCUAAUAGUUUGUAUAUAUCGUAAUGUUUGCUAGAAUAAUUACGUUUAAAACAUCUAGUUAAGAAGCACUGCACUGUAUAUAAAUCUGGGGUAGACGAACCAUAGACAGAUAUUAGACCAUACGAUAUCUUUGAGAUUACAAGAGAGUUGAAAAGCAAAUUCAACUCCCGUUGACAAAGUCCUUCCUUUCGUAACGAUCGUAUCACGUAUAAACUUUUAUUUGCACUAUAUAACAUAUUCUUUACAUGUUCUGUAAAUUUGCAAUUGGACUGGACUGUGGUGUAACUAAAUGUGGUGUAACUAAAUGUAUUCAUAAGUUUGAACAAGUAAACUAAGUUUGAACAAGUAAACUAUUUUGAUCUAUUCUAAACUGACCCACCUAUAUAUGAAUAAGUAUUGGAAACUUAUGAAAGUACCAGUUAAUUUGAAACCAGUUGAUAAAUUUUCUCAAACGAUGUUUAGCUGGGACAUGCCUGCGUAGGCAUAUGAGAAUUGAGAAGAUGCCAAGCUAUAUUAUUUUAUUCAAGAAACACUGGAAUCUGGCAAAGUGUCUUAUACACUAUACACAAAGGUCAAAGUAUACUAUUUGGCAUUACAAUAAACAUCAUUUAAUAUAAAGGCUGAGUCAAAUGUAAGCCUUCUAUAAAACUAAUGUUGUUUUAAUUCAAAUAUUGUCGCAGUAAAUUGAAAUUUUAAGCCGGAACAUGUGCUCAAAAUUCACGAAUGAAGAUAGUAAAUAUUUCCUUUCAAAAUUGCUCUAUUUAUAUAUAAAACAUAACAAAAUUCUUACCUGGAUGUUACCCAGACAUCCCUGAUGUUUAAUCUUUAAAAUAAAUAUCAUUUUCGCUCAAUAAAAGCUCUGUAUUUCGAGAGGAAAAUUUAAACUAAAAAAAAUUUAAAAUAUGGCGGUGUGAAUUGUGACGCUAUCCCAGAAAGCUUUGCGCGUGUUGUACAAUCUCGUACCCAGAGCCAUCGUUGAGUGGCUCUGGCCACACGGGAUUGAAAAACGAUCCUGAUUGGUCGAUCCAUAAGCUAUUGGACCCAUACCCCCUGUGGUGUUCACAUGCGCGGCCAAUAUGAGUGAAUACGAUAUAUUUGCUAAUAUUUUGCCUGAAAAUUUGCUUAUUUCGACGAAUUUUUUGUUGCUUUUCGUUCGAAAAAGUGGUGAAGGGAUUAAGGAGUUGAUUUAUGCUUACUUGAAUUCAUUUGGGCAAAAUAACAGGCUUCGUUAUGGUAAUAAUUCAUACUCUCGGUUCACUCUGAGUGAGUAUUGAUGGGAAUGAUGGCAUAUGUCCUUGAUCUACUAUAUUGGAGUGUUAUUAUUGAAAAGAAAUUCAAGCGUUUAUUGUGUUUAUACAAGAUUUGGGAUUUUUUAAUUGAACUGUAAAUGUAUGAAUCAUCAUGGUGUGAAUGUAACAAUUAAACAGCUGAAAUUAAGUUCUGAAACAGCAUUUGGCUUCUUUUGCAACUUGUUUGAUUGAAUUGUUUGAUGAUAUAUUGUUUCUGUUUACAGUAUUGCCUGUACAACUCUGUCAGAAACAUUAGUGUUAGUAGCCAAAAAAGGUUUCAUUAAAGCCAGGCCAUGUAAAGUAUGUAAUGUAAACAAACCCUUUGUUUACAUUCUGAACCCAGUGCUUUUGUUGUAGAAUAUUAGAUAUAUAUUAUACUGAAUUUUUAACUCUUCUGGUUUGCUAUGCUUGUAAAUGAAUACAGACCAGAGAUUCAAUUCAAGAAAGUUUGGAAGGUGCAAAAUAUUAAUAACAUUCCAAUGGUCAGGUCCCGAACAUUGGAAUGUAGGCCUGCAGAAUGCAUCCGCAGAACAGACUUUACAUGGUCAAACAAUUAUAGCAGUAUGUACUACAUACAGUAUGUAAUAAUAUGAAACCAUCUACACAAUUUAUACAAUGGUUUCACUAAAGCUGGUAAAUAAAUGAUUGUCAACUAUUCCACAGUCUUGCUGUGCUGAGUGGUUAUAUAGUAAUACUACCUAAAAAAAAAAACAAGCAGAAACUCGACCUUGGCUACUAACUCUUGAUGAAGGGCCUUCACUCGAAACAUCAAAUUUCUGCUGUUUUUUUUCAGGUAGUACUAUAUAUUAAUAUCAGAUGUUCAUUCUUGUAAUGGACAACUGAGUGUGCAACAAUUAACAAUUGAUUUGAAGUCCAAUGCUCAACAAAAACAACUUUACUUUUUCAGAAUAUGACUACUAAAACCAAAUUUUAGGUUUAUUAGUAAACUAUCGUAUAACUUCAUACAUCUUUAAUAAUUUCAGGACCACCAAAAGUAGGGAUGUGCACAGGCAAAAGCCUAGUUCAAAAGGGGCCUCCAAAGCACAAAGAGUUGUGUCAGUGCCAGAUAAUAUGCAGUAGUGUAAUAUAUUGUAAAACACCUCUUCUCUCGAUUUCUUCAGGGACCCCUGGGAAAACUUAAUGAUGUCAUAUGGUUCCCCUGGAAAAGUUUUACUCUGGGCCCUGCACAACCUCUCAGUGGUACCAUAAAAUAAAUUGCAAGUUCUGAAAAACCUUUAUUGAUUUCAAUAAUGUGUCAUUCUUCACACAACUUAUAUCAAGCAAUACAAGCAUGAAAGUAUAAAUGAUAUUACACUUAUUCAAGCAGGACAUUGUUAUUAGUCGGGCCAGGUGUGAUUCUUGAUUCUUUAACCUAACUACUUUUUAUCACAUAACUAAUGAGCAAUGCCACUUCUCCAACAAUACUAUUCCUUUCUUGAGUACUUCAUUAUAUUAGACUCUUCAUUAUAAUGCAACAUGUUGCAGCUGUUUACUGUUCCAGAAUACAAAACUGUAUAAUUUUGACUUGAAACUGAUUCCAUUGUUUCUGGAUGUACUGGUAUUGGCAUAAUAAAAAGAUUAUCAUAUGUACGGUCCCAGAUGUAUCUGAAUAAAUGUAAUACUAAAGUUAUAAAAUAGUCAACCAUUAAACACACACGGGUAUACUGCUACAGGCUUUUGCUCAAUUGCUACAGCAGUACAGGCCUUCUUUAUUGAGAAAAAUAUCUUUAUUUUCUCAUUGUAUGAAGAAUAAUAUUUGGUUUUGAAUUCCCUAGGUAUGAUAACCUGAGUAUCGGGCUCUAUUUUACAAAUAGAUUUAUAGGUAUGAUAGAUUCAUAAUAAUGCAUGUAUAAUAGUAAUAAAUACUGGGUAUGAUCAGCUCACAGCUAGGAUAUGCUAUAGAAUUUCUGCUGCAAAUCUGCUGCAUUUUUAUGGGGUACACAAUAUAUUUUGUGGUAUCCUAAAUAGACUGCAAUUAGGAUGGAAAUUUAGAACCCAAGAUUCAAAAAUUAACCUUGAAACAAAAUAAUGACAUGAACAAUAUAAAUUGUAACAAAUUAAAGAAUUAAAGGUAACCAAGGCAGUGUGCAACAAGCAACGUUCUUGCUCCAGAAUAGCCUAUUUAAUAAAGCUGAGAGUUAUUAAAUUACAUUUAUAUAACAAAUAAUUAAACGUACUUAUACCUUAAGAAGAAAUCGGAACAUUUUGAAGGGACAGAGCCAUUUGAUCGAGGAGUGUUGACAUGUGUACAAGCCGGUGUUUCAAUCAUCUCAAAUUACUUGUAGAACGGAAAUCACACGUGCACUCAGUAUCAGUUGUUGUUCACACUAACUGCGCCGAACAUAUUUUAAUGCUUUUGACGGGGAAAAUUGCGAUUUUAUUGAUAUUUUCAGCAAAAAGUUAGCUCUCCACUCCUCUUGAAAAUACUAUGGCGCGCGCGAAUUCCCGGAGAAUGGGUACGAAAUAGUUAAUUGGAAAAUACUGUACUUUUACCGUAUUUUCUAAUUAACUCAACUCGUGUGGCCAGAGCCACUCAACGAUGGCUCUGGGUACGAGAUUGCGUGUUGUAGGAAAUUUAGGCACCAGUCUGUCAAACCGCGCUCAUCGUGAGAACUUUUGGUGGUAUUGGUGUUUUGUCAAAAAUGGUGUUUUGUCAAGUGACAAAAUACCUACCUCCACAAAGACUAUAAAUAUUUUUGUAAAUAUAAUUUCAAUGAACUCAUGAAAAAUUUAAAAUGUCUAAAAUUAACUAAAACUGAGAAAUUUUGACCAGUUAAAUAAAUACAUUUACCCUUUCUCAAUUCUCACAACUUUCUAUGAAUAGGAAAUAAAUAGCUUUUUAAGAUCUAAUUAUUUUGCUAUUUAUUAGCUAUUUUAACAAUAGCUAGCUUUAAAAAUAAAAGUAAACAUAGUUUAAAAAUAGCUAUUUAAAUAGCUAUUUUGAACAAAAUUCGCCACAACUUUCUAUGUAUAGGAAUUAAAUAGCUAUUUAAGAUCUAUUUAUUUUCCUAUUUAAUAACUAUUUUAACAAUACUCAAUAAUAGCUCCAAAAAUAAAAGCAAACAUAUUUUAAAAAUAUCAAUUUUAUAGCUAUUUUGUACAAAGUUCGCCACAACUUUCUAUGAAUAGGAAUUAAAUACCUAUUUAAGAUCUAUUUAUUUUGGUAUUUAAUAACUAUGUUAAGAAUGGCUCCAAAGAAGAUAAGCAAAAAUAGUUUAAAAAUAGCUAUUUAAAACUAUUUUAACUGACUCGUUUGUCAUCAAUAGGAAUUAAAUAGCUCUUUAAAAGCUAUUUUAUAUUGAAAUUCCGUCAAUUACUCUUUCAAAUAGGAUUUGAAUACCUAUUUCAAAGCUAUUUUUUUGAAAAAUAUAAAUAACCUAUAAUUAUUUUAAAUAGAGUGUAAAUAGUCAUAUACUAUUUUAUGAAAUUUGAUAAAUAGUAAUAAAAUAGUCAUAUUUUUGAAAAAAUACGGAAAAAAUAGGGCUAAAUAGAGAAAAAUAGGUAUAAAAUAGGUUAUAAAUAUGUCGGAAUCUACAAGGGUUUUCAUUAUCCCCGAGCCGACGGCGCGAAGCGCCGUGCGAGGGUACUAAUUCCCCCCCCCCCCGGCUAUUUACACCCGGGGAAACGAAAGCAUUAGCGAAGUCUAAAGUUCACCAAAUAUCGCAGGCGUGGCUCACCAACGAUGUUUCGGUGGGUGGUCAUCCUCACUGAUCUCAAAAUAUGUGGCGGACUGUCAUGAAUAGCGAACACUGAUUGGUCCAAUUUAAAGUUUGCAUUAUAACGACUGCAUGACGACAGUGAAAUAGCAAACAUUUCUUGAUUUGAUCGUGGAUAAUAAAAUAAAUUUAUUUUAUUAUCCAUGAUUUGAUGAUUGAUAAAUUUCUUGCAAAUAUAUUUCAUUUUUGCUCGCAUUUUUGCAAGAUUUUGUAAAUUUCAAAAGCUCUCUCAGAAAGAAACCCCCAAAAGAAUAGGCUAAAAGAAGGGAGCCGACGUUAACGAAGGUAAGUUUGUUUUAAAUAUUGAUUUUAUAACGGUUUUAAAACCCGACGGCCUUUGCGUAUAUGAAACAACUAAAGGCAGUAUAUAAUUUCAGUGUAUCUUUAAUAUUGAUCCCCUUUUUUAUUAUAUUGAAUUUUUUAGAUAAAAAAAGAAAGCAAAGUAAUUUCCAUGCGAGAAUUUGAAAUAAUUUUAUUGCAAACUCAAAGUUUAUCGAUAAAGCCAUUUAAUUAAUAAACGCAGUUUAGUUAGUUUUAUAAAGAACACUUUAAAACGUUUUGCGAAGCGUUUGUGGUUGAAUUUUACCUUAAAUUGAAGCUUAUAUUACGUAUAAUAACAUACCUAACAUAUAUAUGUUGGUAAAUUGAUAAUUUUGUAAUUAAAAGUGAUAUUUUUAGGCUAUGUUUCAUUUGUAAGAAUAUUCUUAAAAAUUAUCGUGUUACCAUGACAACUACUUUAGAUACUUCAUGUUCGAAAAUUGCAAUGGUUUUGUGAGCAAGGCGAGGGUUUCUGCAUGCAUGUAUUUUCUAGUAUUAUUAUUAAAUCAAACAACGGGACUUUUUGGGAGAACUCGGACUUAGGAGACCCGAUAGAUAAUAUGUAAAAGUCGAAAACCUUCGUCCCUCCGAAGUAAAGUUAUUCUAAGUUGAUUGUGAUAUCAAAAAGGAAUUUCAUUCAUAACAUGUGUUCGAUCAUAACAUACAUUAUUUUAUUUCUUUAUAGAGCCUUCACCAAGGAUGAUGUUCUUGUCCAAAUUGAUCCUGCCACUGGCAAUGUCAGUUUCGUCGUUCUUGAUCCCCAGACAGGAUCACCAGUUCCUGCCAGUGGUGUACAAGAUGCCAUCAGUGGAGAAUUUACGUCCGACCUUCUCGGUCUAACAUUUACAGUGCCUCAAAGCGGUAGGUGAAUCCAUUUUAUGAUGAGACUAUCCACGAAGAAAGAGAUUUGGGUGAAAAUCAGAAUCUGAAAUCAAGAAAUUAUUGCCGAAAAAGUUAAAAAUAUCGCCAUAAAAAUGCCCAACAUUUUCGUGCCUAAUAUUUGAACAAAAAUUUAAAAUCAAAUAUUAUAACAUGCCUGAAACUUAGGCAGGAUUUCAAAAUAUACGUUCCCUUACUUUAGCCUAAAUUUUAGGCUAAGAAAAAUGAAAAAAAAACAUUUAUUAGUCAGUUGAUGCCUAAAACGUAGGCAUGCAUCGUUGUAAAAUUUAUGAUUAAUACGCCAAUUUUUGAUGCCUAAAAUUUAGGCAAAUUUUGCGCCUAAAGUGUACCUAAAAUUUAUUGAUGGCUAAAAUUUAGCCAACAUUGGAAAAUUUUAAUGUCCACUUAUACAAGUAUAGCCUAAAAUUUAGGGAGACUUGUUUACUGUACUUAAUUCCCGCGUAAUUACCUGUUAUCAAUAUUUCUAGUCGCAUUUCAUAGCACGCUCACUCGUCACGCGCUUAACAUAAUGAAAAGAUAUGGCAUGAACAAAACAACAAAUCCUCGAGACCUACUAAAAUUUACAAAACUACGUUAAAACAACAAUGGUAUAGACAUUACAAACAGCAAAAGGCGAGUUGGAUAAAUAAGGGAUUAGCCGAAAUUAAACGGCCUUCAUGGAAGUCCCAACAAGGCAAGUUAACCCGUGCGUUAUUAUUAAUUAGGCCUACAACUAUAUAAUGUUAUAUAUGGCACCAAAAUCACAAAAGCUCUCUAAUAAAUACUACUGAGCAGCAUACGCCAUUUUCGUCGUCUAACCCUAGUUUCGAAACUCUAACUUGGACCCAAUGACUGAACGUAAGUUAUUUUUAGUGCUUUAACUAAAGAUUUUCAAGUGAAUAUUAAAGCCUAUAGUUUUCAUAUGGUCGUGAUGGUCGUAAAACUAGAGUCGCAAUCUUUCUCAAAUGCCAGUUUAUAAUAGUCAUACCUGUAAACCUCAUAUAAUUAUAUAUAAAUCAUAAGUAUUCUCUAGUUAUAAUCACUGCGCCUAUUUUCAGUUCGAAAAUGUUGUAUUUCGGCUAAUGAGAAAGAUUGUGACUCAAUCUUUACGACCGUUACGACCAUAUGGAAACCAUGCUUAAGAAGUGCAUGUGUUAAUUAAAUUCAAUGAUCGAAAGGAUACAGGUUCAAGGAGAAAUGUCAAAAACUCAGGUAUAUAUAAAAAAAUUAAACAUUGUAUUGCUAAGUUAUUCAGUGAGUUUUUUCUCAACUUAGUCGGUUAAUAGAUUGAACCUCCGGUAGGGGGAUUCGGCGAAACCAUUACCCUCAGUGAUAUAUUUCCUUUGGGGAAAAGCCCCUAGGGAAAUAUCAUCACUUCGGGUAAUAUUUCACGGAAACCCCGUCUACAAAAUGAAAUGAUAAAUAUUAUACCUCAUAUUCAAAUUGCCCAAUCGAAGGACAGCAUUUGUACCACGUGACGCUGUGACUUUUCACUGAAAUCCAUGAUACGCGCUGCAGCGUUGUAUUACCAUAACAUACCACGGCAGUAUAUUUUUGAGAUAUACCAUUACACCACUUGCACUAUAAUGCAUGCAGUGUUUCAACAUGGUUGUUAUAAGACCUGGUUAGGAAACCCGGCAAACUUCAAAGAAAUUACGCUUUAAACAAACAUGGAGGUUGAACAGUCAGUUUGACCCUGCACAUAUUGGUUUUAAUCAAUCAGAAUUGACCAAACGAUGUAACACAAACAUUUUCCAUCGACAAAUAGUGGUAAUACUUCGUUAUUUGCAAAAUAUGCCGUAAGAUAUAGCCCUGGUAGGCAAAACAAACAUUUGGUACCCAUUCCCUUCGCCAAGCUUUCUGAACUGACUAUUGUCAAACAAUAGAAAGACAAAGGAUUUUUCAACCGUCUCCCUGCAUAAGGUACACAAUCACCUAAAACAAAGGGUUUCCAAACCAUGUCAUAUAUGUUAACUAUGGUUUCAAGUACCUUCAUGGAAUGUCACAUAUACAUGCAGGUAUCAUAAGGUAUCAUAAGAAUGUCACAUACAGGUAUCAUACAGGUAUCAUAAGACACAUACAAGUAUCAUUUGUCACAUAAAUGUCACAUACAGGUAUAAGUGUGUGCAACCACAAGAAUUCCUUUGUGUCCGAAUAGCUCGUGUAAUCCAAAUCUUGUAUGGUAAUGAGGCCGAUAGAAUUAAUUUCAAAUGCAUAUUAUUAUUACUUUGUGCGAAAAUAUUAUUUCUUACGACAUUGUUCAAUUACUACAUUAAAGAAUGAUUCUCAGAGUAAUGCUUUGCGCGCUUGGUUGCAGCUUGUCGGCCAUUUUAGGGUGCCCGGAAAAUGGCGACUUUCGUAUAUUAGGAGUUGUGCGACUAAAUCCUCGAAUAUCCGAACAACUUUCAUCAUAAAUUAUUCAUUAUCCUGAAUUUAUGGGCUGUGAAUAUAUGGCUUGACCUGCUGUUAAGCAUUUCAUAAUAUUUAUUUGUAAUAAACGACAAAUUGAAGUCCAUAGUGUGACGGUAUCUUCGACUGGUGCAUCGCCGCCAAAGCGUGGAAAGCCAAGAAAUGAGAUAGGUUUUGUGCGUAUAAAAUUAAAGAAGGACGUACAUGAGAUGUGGAUUACCAGAAAAGAUUCUAUUUGAUCUCAACGAAGACACAUCGUGAUUUUGCACGGCACUUGCUUCUAAAUUUAGGCGAAGACGAGCCUUUGCAAUCAAUGGAAUCUCCAGGCGCGAUGGUAAAUACUACAUAUUUGUUAUCAAUGCAAUAAAUUUCUUUAUAUUUUAAAAUGAUUCGUUAUCUACGCCCCAUAAGAUCAUAUAUUUUGUAUAUUACAAUUUAUAUCAAACCUUGCCAAAUGUUCUGUCUUCAACACCUGUUAGUAUAAAUGGCAAAGAGGACCGAAAUUUGUGUUUGUCACCCCUUUGAAAACAAUAGAACGUAAGAAAUACAGUAGAUAUUAUCCUUUAUAUAUGUUUUAAAUGCUUUAAUAGUAGUACUAGCCUUGUUGCCUAACAUAAUGUGUUCUUCCUUGAAUAACAGAGUAAGCGACUAUAAGGGGCUGUUUAUAUGGAAGCCGGACUGGCCGGCCUGGUAAGCAGGAUGAAUGUAUCUGAGAAACUGAGAAAAUGAGCAACUCUCAUAACUGCUUGCCAGGAAAAUUUGUGGUUUUGACAUUGUUUUGACAGUUGUUAAAAAUAGCUUGCAUCGGAAUCUUUGAACUUUCAUCCUGCAACCGGGCCAGCCCAUUUGUUUGUGUUUAGAUGGAGAAAUCUUUAUUGUGGUAAGUAACAUCUCACCUCUUUCAAAUGGUAAUUUUUACUAUAAAAAUAACUACACAGUGAGAUCUCCCUUACGAGGCUGUCUCCUGACUAAGAGAGCCAGCGGCCCAGGCCGGCUUUCAUACAAAGUCUUCAGUUAUAUAGCAACUGGUAUAUCUUAUCUAUUUUGUCCUUUAUUAUUAAAUUCACAUGCUAUUACAUAUAUAUCCUCAACAUCAAUAUUUCUCAACCAAAAUAACAUAACGAAUCAACGAAUGCCUGUCGUUUGGCUCGUUUUGGCUGUUUCACAUGGUUGGACGUGCUCCUGUUAUUCACAGCUACAACCAAAAUGAAACCAGGUUUACUGGAAAUCAGAGUUAAUUUAAUUUCAUUUCCCUAACAGAGGCAUGGAUGUUGCACCUACAUCUGCUAAUGUUGACAUUAGCAGAAUUGAGAGUAAUUCCAUAUCUGUUAAUCCUGAAUUUGGAUUAUACCAUGAAGAACCAUCAUUUGAGAGUAAUAGUUAAUUAUUAAUGGUUUUCACAAUUUAGUGUCUUAAUAAGUAGCAGCAUCUUUUGAGUUUUGAUGGCAAAUGAGCCAUCAUGCAUGCAAUGAGCCAUCCGAUAAAAAAUCCACACUUCCCAACACUUUCCCAUUCCCCUUUUGGGAUAUUCUAGUACACUUUAUUAUCCAAAAAAGAUUCCUCAUUUCCUAUCCUCUACUGCAUUCCAAAAAUUUCCUUUUACCUUUUUCCAAAUAUUUAUUUACUUUUAGACCUUUUAUUAAUAGUUCCUGUGAUUCAAGUGAAUGUCAGAGUGGAUCUGAAGAUGACCAUGGCCGGUGCAUUUAUGAUGUUCAAGGGUAAGAGAGAACUAUCAGAUCACUUGUAACAUCUUCAUUGACAUCCACUUUCUAGUUUCUACUGUACUGAUUGUGAACAUGACCCAUUUCCCAUAUUUAUAGUAACAAAGAAAACCUCUCCAUUUGGUAUCAUGGACAGUACUCUUUUUAACUAUUUGUUUGUUAGAUGUUCAAAUAUUGUCUGUUUUAUAGAUUUGCAGAAGAGUAUGAUCCUGAAGCAACACUAG